CUGUGUGUUUCAGCGGACACAUUUUAGAGACGGACCUGGCAUCAGUCGCUGAGCUGAUCAUUUUGGAAACCAGACCGACUUUUGGCUGAGCAGAAAUGCCAAAAAAGAAAACUGGUGCACGGAAAAAGGCCGAGAGCCGUAAAGAGCGAGAAAAACAGAUCCGAGCCAACAGGGAACAUGUUGAUGUGGCUAAACACCCCUGCAACUCCAACAUGGAUUGUGACAAAUGUCAGAGAAAACAGAAGAACAGAGCUUUCUGCUACUUCUGUAACUCUGUGCAGAAGCUGCCGGUCUGCGCUCAGUGCGGUAAAACCAAGUGCAUGAAGUCAUCAGACUGUGUCAUCAAGCACCCGGGGGUCCACAGCACUGGAAUGGCCAUGGUGGGGGCAGUGUGUGACUUCUGUGAAGCCUGGGUGUGCCACGGUAGGAAAUGUCUGAGCACUCACGCCUGUGCGUGUCCCCUGACUGAUGCAGACUGCAUUGAAUGUGAUCGCAGCGUCUGGGAUCAUGGAGGGCGAAUCUUCCGCUGUUCCUUCUGUCAAAACUUCUUGUGUGAGGAUGAUCAGUUUGAGCACCAGGCAAGCUGCCAAGUACUUCAGGCAGAAACAUUCAAAUGCGUUUCCUGUAAUAGACUGGGACAACACUCCUGCCUGCGCUGUAAGGCUUGUUACUGUGACGACCACGCCAAGAGUAAGGUCUUCAAGCAGGAGAAAGGCAAAGCUCCACCGUGUCCUAAGUGUGGCCACGAGACGCAGGAGACCAAAGACCUCAGCAUGUCCACUCGCACCUUGAAGUUCGGCCGCCAGGCUGGUGCUGAUGACGACGAUUACGACGACGGAGCGUCGGGGUACGAUGCCUACUGGAAAAACUUGGCGUCCGGAGGAAGAGACCGACAAGACGACUAUGGAGAGGAUGAUGACUACGAAGAAGACGAGGACGAGGAGGAUGAUGACGAAGAGGACGAAGAAGAUGAGGAGGAGGAGGACGAAGAAGAGGGCGAAGAGGAAACGGCUUCUGAGUCCAUGGCUGGUCUGAAAUUGGAUGGGACUGCUGCCUGAGUAAGGCAGAGACUGAAGGCAGGUGGAGCCCAGUCCUAUAAAUCCAAAUGAUCCUCGGUGGACGUUCACCUGUUGAAAUUCAGGAAUGAAUAGAAGCUUCCAUUUAAAAUGAAAAAUGAAACAUACAUGUGAAAUGAAAACUCCCCCAAGAAUUUAUACGGUCUAACUUGGACUGAGAUCCACGUUUCUGUCCAAAUUAACUUUCGAUAUCUUACCCUGAGGAAUAUAAUUGUGCUUUUCUACAACACCCACACAAGCAGUAGCACAGGGACUUAGAGAAUUUAAUAACAGGAUAAAUUAAUGGUUUAAAUUUAUAUCAGUAGUUGAGAAAAAAAAAAAAGAAGAUUGUGAAUCUAACUGCGUUGGUGCUUUGACACUAAUUGCUCUGGAUACGCUGCAGUUGAUACCAAAAUACUACUAAGGUUUCAAUGCACCAUCUCGGAGACCAAAUAUUUUCUCCUCCUGUUAUAUUCAGUGCUGGAUUCAGGUACAUGGGGGUCCUGUAAAACCAUUGUGACUGCUUGUGGUGGGGAUUUUGUAAACGCGGUUUUAUGAACAGGUAAAUUUUGCUGGGAUGCAAGACGACAUCUGCAUCAUCAUCAGUAUCAGCGUUAAAAUCAAAUAUCGGCAUCAACACAAAAUGAUCUUCGACACGUAAAUAACAACUGUCAGGUUAAAAGUGUUUGAAAAUGUGACAUCAAAAUAAAUAUAACACAUCAAAUGUAA